AAAACAGCGAUAACAGCCGGAAAAUCAUAUCUAACCCCAGAGACAGCUCAAAUUAAUUUCCCCUCAAUGAAGCAAAUUACGUUGAUGUCCGCCUGCUUUGUCAUGUAACGCUAACCUAACGCUGCUUUACAUGUAAACGUGCAUAAAAGGCCCAAAGCGCUAAGACUGCUUUUUCCAACACUUGUUGGCUUUACAAGCUGGAGUCGAGUCAGGUCUGCUGUAACACAGGACCUACAGCACUGCACGCCAGACUCCAUUUGGAUAUCUCACAAACUGACGCCGCUCCUCGGAUAACAAGCUAAAGCUUUUGCUGCAGUUCUUUCACAACAAGAUCAACCUUGGGAAUAUUUAGUGGCAACUUCUUUCGGUCUGUGUGCCAAGAUGGGAAACGGACUGUCGGAUCAUCGCUCCCUGCUCCCCUGCCUCCCCUGCUUUCAGGCUCUUCACAUUGUCAUUCUAGGACUGGACUGUGCAGGCAAGACCACUGUACUGUAUCGCCUGCGUUUCAAUGAGUUUGUGAACACUGUCCCGACCAAGGGAUUUAACACAGAGAAGAUCAAAGUGUCUCUUGGAGGCAGCCGUCGGACUGCGUCUUUCCACUUCUGGGAUGUAGGUGGCCAGGAGAAGCUGCGGCCUCUGUGGCGCUCGUACACACGCUGUGCUGAUGGCAUUGUGUUUGUGGUGGACUCGGUGGAUGCCGAGCGCAUCGAAGAAGCCAAGGCAGAGUUGCACAAAAUCACACGGCUGGCAGAGAACCAGGGUGUGCCGGUCCUUGUGGUGGCUAACAAGCAGGACCUGCGGAAUUCUCUUAGUUUGCCUGAGAUGGAGAGCAUGUUGUCUCUAGGUGAGCUCAACACUGCCACACCCUGGCACCUUCAGCCUGCUUGUGCCAUUAUCGGCGAGGGGCUGCAGGAGGGACUGGAGAAGCUCCAUGCCAUGAUCAUGAAGAGGAGAAAGGUGCUGCGGCAGCAAAAGAGGAAGAGAUGAUGUGCUAGUAGAGGAACUAUAAAGUAUGAGCAGAAUCUAAAGCUGCACAAGUACUAUUGUGAGCUGAAUACAACACUGGGUUUAGCUGGAACAAGACACAGUGAUACCCAUUCUGUCAGUUGCCCCUUUUUGGCUGGGUCUGUUCCUUCAACUGAAAUGGCUUAAAGUUAGCCAGUGCUCCCACUGAGGACAGUGCAAUGUAUUCUGAAUGCAAACAGUCAUUCUAAAGUUAGUGCAGCAAUACGCCACGCCGAACUCAAAGAAGGACAAAAAGCUUUUGUUGUGUUUAUUAGUUGAAACAUAUGCUGUACCAACUUAAAAACAAUCAAAUAAGUCUCGAUCAUGUAUAUUCCACCAAAGCUCUAAAAGUUAACAUGAAGUUGAUAAUGACUCACUAAGUACAGAAUCACUACUGACUCCUAGAAACAGCGUCGUGUCAAAAUCGCUACAGUUGAAUAGAAGCUGUUUUUCAAGGGUGCCCCUUUGUGUUCCUGCUGACAUGUCUCGAUGACAUGACAAGCCAAGAGUACAGUUACACUAAUUGAUUUUCAUCAUCUGGUUACUGUUUAAACAUAACAGUAACCAGUUUCUUCACUUGACAGUAGUGUCAAAAGACCAAAAUGUGACUCACGUGAGUUGUUUUCUUAGCAUGAGGCUGCUAGGCUUCCUUGCUUUUCAAUCAACUGCACCAAAAAAGGGCUUUAUAUACUCUCUGAUAUUAGUUUAUAUUACAAAAUGUAGUCAAUAAUUGACGAUAGCUUCAGUGCUCAAAUAUUUAAAGCUAACAACUAUAACUACUGUCAUAAAAACAAAUAUUUUUGGAGUUCAAAACCACAGUGAGAAGUCAGAGUCACACUUGGAGUGAGAUGACAAUCAAUCAGCAUUAUACUUUUUGAUAUGCAAGUGUCAUCUGCAUUGCUGCUAAGAUGUUAGUUUUCAGGUCACCAGCCACAUUUCUUCAUUUAUUAAGUUCUUCAGGGUCAUGUCUCCUUUUAUUGCAGAACAUAGACUGGACCCACAUGCUUUACUUGCAUUGUUGUAAUGUCUAAGCCCGUCCUGUGAUUACUGUGCCACUGUCAGUGCUGCUAACAUUGGAUAAAAACUGUGAUGUUAAACGUCAUCUGAGAAUUUAUUUUCAUGUUCAGUGAGUAGUGAUUGUUUUUUGUUUUGUUUUUUUACUUCCUUUCAUGUUUGGAAUUUUUGUUGUAAGGCAUUAAUAAUACAUUUUUAAAAAGUAAUGCUCAAGUACUUUUUUGGACAUCAAUUAACAUGAUCAGAGUGGAAGCUUCGAAGCUUUUGGGUGUAUGUAACUGUCAAACUGCUGUUCACAGUGCAACGAGAUAAAAGGCUGAGCAGUUCUUACUGAUUAAGUUAAGGAUUCGCACCCACCGGCUUUUGCAUAUGUCUCAGUGCUAUGAAUGUGAGCUUGUUCGGUUAUUCAAAGGUAGCCUAAUGAGGCUUUACAAAUUUACAAUUUGGUAACUUUGUGGGGAAAAAAGAAGCAAACUGAGUGUCAUUGGUUCCAGCUGCACCACAUGUGCUGUUGAAGGUAAAAGUGUUAUCGUGUGUCCUUGUGUGUAAGCAAAUGGGUUGUGUAGCACCAAACUACAGGACUGCAUACUGCAUCCAAAGUCGGGGUGCCCAUGGAUGACCAUGAUGGAAAAUUAUUUGCUAUAAAACACAACUUUGAUUCCACUUCUUCAAAGGAAGGGAAUUGUACAUCAUGUGUUCAGUUAUACUAAUAAAAGUACAUUUGUAAAUCUGUUGGUUAAACAGGGCCGUUAAAAAGUGUUUUCUCCCUUCCUAAUUUUUAUUUUUUUGGCAUGUUUGUCAUACAAAUUUUUCACACAAAGAUGCCCCAAGUAAAUACAAAAUGUAGUGUUAAGUGAUUAUUUAAUUUAUUGAGGCUGGUGGGCUUACUUGCUUUUAUUUGUUACUAAGGGAAAAGCUACCAAAGCCAACAUGCACUGUGUGAAAAAAUAUUAGCCUCCUAAACCUAAUAACUGGUUGUGCCAGCUUUGAGAGCAGGAACUGCGAUCAAGCAUUUGAAGUAAUGUAAUGAGUCUUUGAAACUACUGUGAAGGAAUUUUGGCCCACUUGUCUUUACAGAAUUUUUCAGUUGAGCCGUGUUUGAGGAUUGUCAAGCAUGAACUGCUUUUCAUGGUCAUUCCAGAGCAUCUGGAUCAGUUUUAAGGUCGAACUUUGACAAGGCCAUUUCAAAACAUCCAAAACCUUAAUGUUGGUUUUCUUUGUACCAUUUCGAGGUGGACUUGUUGGUUUGUCUUGGGUCACUGUCCUGCUGGAUAACCCGAGUGCACUUAAGCUUCAGGGCAUGAAUGGAGCUGGAUUUUCUUGUAGAGCAAAAUUCAUGGUUCCAUCAAUUACAGUAAGUUGGCCAGGUCCUGAAACAGCAAAGCACCCCUAGAUCAUCACACCACCACUACAACAUCUGACUUUUAACUUUGUCAUCCACUCCUUUGUGGAUAAUGGCUUUCACCAUGGUUCAAUGAAGUCCCAAAAACUCUACUUUCCAGACUGACUGAUGUCAGCGACUCUGUUUCUAAACUGUUCCUGAGUGUCUUUAGCUCGAGGACAUGCUGUCUUUUGCUUUAUGGGAUCUUUUAGCUACUUCAUUUUAUCAGACUUUGUGAUUUCUUGGUUCAACGGGUCUGGCAGUCAUCAGGUCUGAGUAUAGCUAGUGAAUUUAGACUCAGCUUUUCAAAAACUCUGGUUAAUCACAGUUCAUUCAUGAUUUAAUAAGGGGCGGUAAUUACUUUUUGCGCACAGGGUUCAGAUAGCUUUUUUGCCUUAAUAAAUGAAAUAAUUAAAAAAAAACUAAUAUUGUAUUAACUUUGGAUAUCUUUGCCUAAUAUUAUGAGUAUAAUAUAUAUGUAAGUGUGACAAAUAUGUAAAAUAAAUAAGAAGUCAGGAAGGGGGCAAAUACUUUUAAAUAAAAGUAUAAGUAAAAUAGAAAGUUACUCUCUGAAGCACACGAAAGUCCUAAAUAUCUGUCAUGAUAAUCUGAAAGUGUUUUUAUCUGAACUACGUGCUGGAUGAACACAAAAUUGGCCAUUUAGUAAUCGUUAGUUGGCCGUUUGCAGAAAUGGUCCUGCUAUCUCUUCACUCAGUGCUAAAUGGUUGGUUGGGUGGGGUCUUGUCGGCAGGCAGCCAGACUCUUCUCAGGAAACCGAAGCAAGGAAGGGAGUGGUUCCUCUUACAUUAUCACCAUAUCCUGUUCUCAGCUCUGAAAACUGCAGUUUACACCGUUCACAGUUGGAGCUGACUGGGAAUCAGAUUAGAAGUCCACACAGCUUUCAAACGUCCCACCUCAACCCUGCACCCCUCUCUGCUGCUGAAUAUACACCCUAACAUGGAUGGCCAUGCUUUUAAAGUCUUUUUUUUCUCAGCUGUUUAGAAGACUGGAGGAAUGGCUAUGAAAUAUAUGCUGCUAGCCACUGGUGUUGUUACUGUGCUGUGUGGUCUGGUAAUCUGACCCCUGAGUUAGCUCAAAUUCACAUUAGCUGACCUGAAGUGAUUCAAAACACUGUAAUGGUUUGUAUAUAGUCGGAGACCAGUAUGCCCUCAGUAACAGUCAUCCUCCAGUGUCCUUAGUAGGCAGCCGACUGGAGUAGAUACAAGUAGAAAAGUGGUGGAGUCUCUCUCAACCUCAUUUUGACCUGAUGUCUAAACACACACAUAGAACCUGAUAGAGAAGCUGCAGCCAACAGUGUGUCUUCAUUAAUCCAUCAUUAAUGAAACUCUAGGAUCAAGAAGCCCAGGACUGGUAUGAUUAUGUAGAAAAAAAUAACACCUAAAACCCCUUCAGUAGUGUUUUACUGCCAGCAGGUCACCCUCCAGCCAAAGGGAAAAGGCAGUCUUGACCCGGCACGCCGCUCUACUUUGUGUAAUGGAAAAUACACGGGGGUGCUGGGCAGAUAGCCAUACUGCUGUGGAGGAAGGAAACUGCAGAUGCAUGAAUGACAGCCUACCGACUGUGUUUAAAGUGGACAUGAAACACUACAUGUAAAAAGGCUCAUUUGCACCAUGGAGCCCUGCUCUAAAAAACUGUCAUAGACUCAACACUGUGAAGCUGGAGUUAAGAAAGAAGUAUUUAGAACAUGUUUAGCACCACCAUGUGCCAGAAGAAGAACAUGACAUGACAUGAUAUGUGUCUUAUAUACCCAAAGAUUAUGGUAUUAAUACAUUAAUGCAGUCACUCUUCAUGUAGAUUUAAGUUUACACAGCCCACCAUGGAUCACAAGAGUUUUAAAAGCUCAUCUAUUCUCCUAGUUUACAUACCUUAAGUAUUUGUGUUCUUUUCGGUCAGUAGUGGUUUUUGCCUCAGAACUCUAUCAUACAUGCCAUUUUUACCCAGUUUCUGUCAUAUUGUGAAAUCAUAAACACUGGCCUUAACUGAAGCAAGUGAGGCCGGGAGGUCUUUAGCUGUUGUUCAGGGUCCUUUUGUGACCUCCUAGAUAAGUCGUCAGUGCACUCUUCGAGAAACUUUGGUAGGUUUAACAAUGUCUCCAGUUUCCUCUAUUUGUAGAUAAGGGCUUUAGGUAUGAUUUUACUCCACUGCCAGUGUGUUCGGGAUCAUUGGCAUGCUGAAUAAUAACGCUGUUUCCAAUCAAAUGACUUCCAGAUGGUACUGCGUGAUAUCUGACUGUACUCAGCUGCAUUCACCAUUUGCUGAAAUGUAGUAGAACAAAGAACACACACCAAGAAUACUUAUUCAGUGCUUUUCAAUAAGUAAUCUUAAUAAAGAAGACUGUUGCUACCUCAAAGCACAUUAUGCGCUGUCGGUCCUGCGUGCUGCACAACAACAUUCAAUAUUUAGUAUUUACUGGUGGCGCUGUCACUUGGUGUUCGCUCACUUUGUGGUAGAGUAUCACUUCCUGUUCCUGCUCAAACACAGUGGUGUUUCUGAGUAGCUUUUCUGCUUAGCAAUUUAAUUUAAAUCUUUUGAUACAUCCCUUUUUCAUAGUAUAAUCUUAACGUGCUUCAUCUGAAUCACCCUUUCUGUGUACUCACUACCUAAUUUAUAGCCAAAGUAUUCACUCACUGUCUCUUUACUGUUUCGCUAGCUUAGCUUAGCUCGUAGCCGACUCGUUAGCACCAUGGCUACUUCACCUGUCCCUCCUGCACUUUCCUGCUCAUUGUGUCAGAUGUUUAGUUACUCCUCGGCCUCCUUUAGCAGUAAUGAUACCUGUAACAAAUGUAGCAUAUUUGCAGCUCUGGAGGCCAGGAUUACUGAAUUGGAGACUCGGCUUCGCACCCUUCAUUCACCCGUAGCUAGCCAGGCCCCUGUAGCUGGUGCAGCCGAAGAUAGCGCAGGCCCCGCUAGCUGUUCCCCGGCAGACCCCAAGCAGCUGGGGAAAGAGGGCGGCUGGGUGACGGUGAGGAGGAAGCAUAGUCCUAAACAGAAGCCCCAGGUACACCACCAACCUGUUCAUGUGUCUAACCGUUUUUCCCCACUCGGCGACACACCCGCCGGGGGUCAAACUCUGGUAAUUGGUGAUUCUGUUCUCAGACAUGUGAAGCUAG